AUGUUUUUUGUUUUUUUUCACGUUUCUACUUUUCAGAUUUAUGCGCCACUGAAAGUGACCCUAAACGACUGUUUAGCGUGUAGUGGUUGUGUCACCAGUGCGGAAGUUGUACUCAUUGAGGAACAACGACCGGAAGAAUUAAAAUCUUAUAUUUGUGUUGUUGUACCUCCUGCUGCUUGUAGCAUACUAACCCCGAAAAGAAUCUUCUACAAUGCAUUUUUGUUGGAUUUGAUUAUUUAUUGCCUGUUUAUAGGGUGGGUAUGUUAUGCGGAAAAAACUCAAAGAGAAAAUAUAGUCAAUCUCAUAUCUCAUGCAAGGUCUCCACAGGCAGUAAUGGGUUCGAUAAUAAAGGACUACGUUGGACGAAAGUUUGUAGGCUAUUCAGCUGACGAAAUUUUUCAUUUCACGGUGAUGCCGUGUUACGACAAAAAAUUGGAAGCUUCUAGGAGCAAUCUGACGUUCGAAGAAACGACGAUACCAGAAGUGGACUGCGUCUUAAGUACAGGCAUCUUCAGCGAAACAGAUAUCAAAGUUGAUCAAUACUUUCAUCGUCAUGCCUUGUAUACGCUAUAUUUCUUUAGCUUAUGUACAUGGUUGCAGUAUCCCGUUGACGAGUUUGAGCGGUACGUUGGCCAGCAGCAAACAUAUUUCGAUACUGGUUCCGGAGGAUACGCCGACUAUGUCUUUCGACGUUUUCUUAACGGUUAUCGAUCAAUCCAUCUGUCAUUUUGUAGAAACAGAGACAUGACUGAAUUUUCGCUCCUUGCUAAGGACGGUCAUAAGUUGUUGAAAAUGGCGCUGUGUUACGGUUUUCGUAAUAUACAGAACAUAAUUCGAAAAAUUAACCAAGGAAAAUGUGAAUAUGAUUUUAUCGAAGUGAUGGCUUGUCCUUCAGGAUGUUUAAACGGCGGCGGAAAUUACUCAGCGGCUGAAACGAGGAAAGCGAUGUUUGCCGAGGUCGAGAAGAUAUAUGACAAGACAAAUAAUCCUGAUCCAAGAGCGAGUGGCGACGUUGCUGUGGUAAUGACCGAAUGGCUCGAAGAUUUGAACAGUGACAAAGCGAAGACACGUCUGUACACUGAUUAUCACGUGAUUGAAAAAACGACGAAGAAAGGCUUCACAUUCAAGUGGUGA